UGUCCUGUCUGUCAUAUGUGCACCAACGAGAUGUGCAUAAAGUUGCAUGCAUGCAUGCAGUGGCUCUCUUCACAAAAUGACAGGGCACGUUCCUCUUCGCUCUCCUCAGUCCUCACUCUCACUCUCGUCGCUCGCCGAAAGCUGGUGAAAGUAAAGCACUCCCUCGUGCUCGUGCCGUCCCUUGCUGUGGACUCAUCUGCUUGGCUCUCCUCGCCCUGUCCUUGGAUUCUUGCACUUGGAGCUUCCCUUCUUCUACCUCCCAGCACCACCACCCAAAACCCAAUCCGGGACCGCCGGCACCAAGCUUUCCUAGGGAUCGCCAGCCAUUCGCCACACGCCGACGCCGGGGCGGAAAAAAAGCUCUUCUUGGAGCCCUCUGCUUGGCCUCUCCCUGCUGCUCUCCCUCUCGCUGCUGCUGCUGCAAAGUGCAAACAACAAUGGCGGCGUCAUGGCGCGGCCCAGUGGUGGCCGUCCUUUGUGCGGUCGUCGUCCUCCAUGCAGUGGCGGCGGCGGCGGCGGCGGCGACGUCGUGCGCCGGCGUGGCCCCGGCCAAGCACCGUCCGGAGGCGAUAUCCAUCACGGACUUCGGCGGCGUGGGCGACGGGCGGACGCUCAACACGUGGGCGUUCCGGAAGGCCGUGUACCGCAUCCAGCACCAGCGCCGGCGCGGCGGCACGACGCUGCACGUCCCCGCGGGCACCUGGCUCACCGGCAGCUUCAACCUCACCAGCCACAUGACGCUCUUCCUCGCCAGAGGCGCCGUGCUCAAAGCCACGCAGGACACGAGGAGGUGGCCGCUGAUGGAGCCGCUGCCGUCGUACGGCCGGGGCAGGGAGCUGCCGGGGGCGAGGUACGCCAGCUUCAUCCACGGCAACGGCCUCCGCGACGUCGCCAUUACAGGUGACAAGGGAGUGAUCGAUGGCCAAGGUGAGGUGUGGUGGAACAUGUGGAGGCGAAGGACUCUUGAGCACACCAGGCCGAACCUUGUGGAGUUCAUGCAUUCCACCGGCAUUCACAUCUCCAACAUCGUCCUCAAGAACUCACCGUUCUGGAACAUCCACCCUGUUUACUGCGACAAUGUGGUUGUAACCAACAUGAUGAUCUUGGCGCCACAUGACUCCCCAAACACAGACGGAAUCGAUCCAGAUUCUAGCUCCAACGUGUGCAUCGAGGACUCGUACAUAUCCACCGGCGACGACCUGGUGGCGAUCAAGAGCGGGUGGGACGAGUACGGGAUCGCGUACGGCCGGCCGAGCUCCGGCAUCACGAUCCGGCGGGUGAGGGGCUCGUCGCCGUUCAGCGGCAUCGCCAUCGGCAGCGAGGCCUCCGGCGGGGUGCGCGACGUCCUGGUGGAGGACUGCAGCAUCUUCGACAGCGGCUACGGCAUCCACAUCAAGACCAACGUCGGGCGCGGAGGCUACAUCCGGAACGUCACUGUCGACAACGUGCGCAUGAGCGGCGUGCGCAUCAGCGGCGUCCGCAUCGCCGGCGACGUCGGCGACCACCCCGACGCGCACUUCAGCCAGCUCGCCGUGCCGCUGGUGGACGCCGUGCGCAUCAGCAACGUGUGGGGCGUCAACGUCCAGCACCCGGGGUCGCUGGAGGGCAUCAGGAGCUCGCCCUUCACGCGGAUCUGCCUCUCCAACGUCAAGCUCUUCGGGUGGCGGAAGAACGACGCGGCCUGGAGGUGCAGGGACGUGCGCGGUGCCGCGCUCGGGGUGCAGCCGUCGCCCUGCGCCGAGCUCGCCACCAGCUUCGCGUCCGCAGGCUCGUCUUGCAGCUAAUUAUUAGGGACGCCUAGCUAAGUGCUGAUGGGCUAGCUAGUGUGCUUUAAGUUUGCAGCUAAUUAGUGACGCCUAGCUUAAUGCAGAAAUUGAGACUGAUGUCUGGCUCUGCAUCACUGUCUUAGUUACUUUAGGCUUUCUCUCCCAGUUGGUCAUUCAGAGAGCCUUAUUGUUAACUAGUAUAAUUUUGUAGUGUACUCCGUAAUGUUUAAUUAGCUGCGGUGUGCUUAAUCCAAGUACAAAUAUCAGUGGUACA